AUGAAGGUCUACUAUCUCGGCAACGACCCCAUUCAGGCCUGUGGCGUCACCCUCCCCUCAAGCUCGACAAGCUCAGCAGCAUCACCCACCGCUACAUUGGCAGCUCUCUGCCCUAGCUCCAACAACACCAUCUACACAGAAGCGACUGGUCAAAUGCAUAAUACCUACUGCGGCUACGACUACGAUGGUAGUGUUCUCGAUGUUGAGGACCUUGCCAGCUACGAGUUGUGUCUGCAGAAAUGUGACACCCUCGAUACCUGCGGUGCAAUGGCUUGGACCGGCGGUGAUGGUCGCGGCUUCUGCUACCUAAAGGAAGCGAACACAGGACUGGUGCGGAACGCUAAUGUUAGGGCUGGAAUACGCAUCCCUACAGUGACAUCCGCUUUUUCGUUGGUCGCCUCGUCUGCUUCGGUCUUGAGCUCCAGCUCCAGCUCGUCCUCGUCUGCUCUGACAUCGUCGACUCUCUCGACUUCGUCUUCGUCUUCUUCCCGCAUUACGAUGACCGCUUCUCCUUUCGUGAAUACUCCCAAUAUAACUAAAGGCCUGAUUUGUCCCAACCCAACACCCACUGCCAUGGUUUUCGGUGAUAAUGUGUACGAAUACGAAUGGUGCCUGAUCCUCGACUAUGAGCUUAACUUCGUUGCGGGCGACUUGCCUCAUUGCAUCAUCCUGCGUCCAGUCUUCGAACUCCAUGAUGAGAUGGAUAUGACUUAA